AUAUUCGGGGAGGCGGGCGAAAGCAACAAGUCCGCCCCGAAAGGAAAGGCGAGGAAGGAAGGACGGCGUCGCCUCUGCCUCCUCCUCCUCCUCGCCUUGCCUUCCCAGGGCGGCCCUCUCGGCCUUCUCCCCGGCGCUGAGGGGCCUAAGGAAGCGGAGGAAGGAUUAUGUCCAAGAAAGUAGAGAGACGGUCUGGAACUGAGAAGGAACAACAUUUACCAUGCAAACAAGCCAAAGUGGAAACUAUCUGUCCUUUGCUGUGGAAGUGUGACCAUCCACAGAAUGUGUUUGAGGGUUUGAUAUCACCUAUGAAGCAAGAUGAAUUUUUUAAAGAAUACUGGGAGAAGAAGCCAUUAAUACUUCACAGAGAUGACCCCACUGUGGCAUCCUACUAUCAAUCACUCUUUCAGUUAACUGACUUGGAAGGCAUAGUCAAGCAUGGUUUAUACUAUGGACGGGACAUUAAUGUCUGCAAGUGCAUUAAUGGAAAAAAGAAGGUUUUUAACAAAGAUGGCAAAGUCAGCUAUGCACAGCUGAAGAAGGACUUUGAUCAGAAAAAGGCGACAAUACAGUUUCACCAGCCCCAGAGAUUUAAGGAUGAGCUCUGGAGAAUACAGGAGAAAUUGGAAUGCUUCUUUGGUUCAUUGGUUGGAUCUAAUAUUUACAUAACUCCUCCAGGGUCCCAAGGCCUGCCUCCACACUACGAUGAUGUUGAAGUGUUUAUCUUGCAGCUUGAAGGAGAGAAGCACUGGCGGCUCUACAAGCCUACUGUACAUCUAGCUCAACAAUACAGUGCUGAACCUGAGGACAAAAUUGGGACUCCAACACAUAACUUUGUAUUAAAGCCAGGAGACUUGUUAUAUUUUCCAAGAGGGACUAUUCAUCAAGCUGCCACUCCUCCCAGUGUAUCUCAUUCUACCCAUGUGACUAUCAGCACCUAUCAGAACCACUCUUGGAGAGAUUUCUUCUUGGAUGUGGUUCCUGGGCUUAUUUUGGAUGUGGCAAAAGAAGACAUAGAAUUUCGGAAAAGCAUCCCAAGGCAGUUAUUGAUGAAGGUCGAUGUGUCUGAUUCAUCGAGGCAAUUAAGUGGCUUCCUGAGGUGCCUUGCAGACCGUCUAGAUAAUGGCAAGGAAUUGAAGUCAUCUGACAUGAAAAAAGAUUUUAUUAUGAACAGAUUGCCUCCUUUCCUGGGAACUUCCUUUGACUCUUUGGCUCCAGUUGGAGCAUUACCAAAAUUAAACAGCACAAUCAAGUUACGUUUUAAAGACUAUACAGUAAUUACAGUGGAACCAGAACAAGACCUUUUGAAUAAUUCACUCGAAGAAAUGGUGUUCGUGUAUCACUCCUUAAAGAACAAGAGAGAAAGCCAUAUGAUGGGGGAGGAGAAUACUAAUGAGGAAGGAAUAGUAGAGACUUCUGGGUUACGUUUUCCUCUUUCCCAUAUGGAAGCACUGAAGCAAAUUUGGAGUUGUGAUACUACUAUCUGUGUUGAGGAACUGAGUCUGUCUUCAGAUGCAGAAAAAGAGAACUUGGUGAUAUCACUGUGGAGUGAAUGCCUAAUUGAAGUAAUAUGAAGGCACAAUCUAGCCAAAAUUAAAUUGUCUUCCCUAGUAAAAGAAUAAAGUAUAAGCUUGAAUCUCUGAAGGCAUGAUCUAGCCAAAGCAAAAAGUCUGCUGUUGCACACAAAGAGCUACUUAUUACCAAAUUAUUAUAGAAAGGCUCUUUCUUACAUCAUCCUUGUACAUAACAGUAAGAUUGUGAAAAAGGUGGAUGCAAUUGUCUGAAAAUGCAAAUACUCUCAAAAUUU